GGCGAGACUGAGACUGCAAAACGACACGAUAUGCGUUAAAUGAAGAUGUAUGAAAUUGUUUAACACAUGAUUGCCGUGGGAGCAUGCGCGGGUGCAGCUGAACAUCCUCGAGGCCGGCAGUCAGCGGCGCAACGGGGUCGCAUGAGGAACCCUGCGUAAUGUCCGGGAGUGAGCCAGCGGUGACCGCGGGGCGAUGCUAGUCAGCUCAGACCUAUGUCUGUCAGGAGCCUCCAUCGCCGGGUGUCAGGACCCGGGGGAUAUGUGCAGCACUUCCACAACCAAAACGGAGAGAAAACUUUGCUUAUCACAAAGGCUAGGUCAGCAGAACAGUCGGUCAUAUGGAGGGACGGCGGCGGGGACGGUGGAGAAAGACGCGGUGGAGCUCGGCGCGUGCCCAGUCUCCGGCUAGCGAACGGACGGGUGGCCGCGGCUCAGUCCGAAGAAGAGAUCCGUUCGCCGCCGCCGCGCCGCUUGGCCAAGGAUGACUCCAUCAAGAUCAGCAUCGAGAACACCAACACGUGCACCGACUCCUUGGUGACCGCACUCGAUGACGAGACGCUGCUUAUCGCGGACUACCUCUCCAACGACAUGAACUACAAGGGCAGCGGCAAGGUCCACUUCGGCGUGGACGAUGUCUCGCUCUACGGCACCCCCAAAGAGGAACCGGGGCCCACUCCCCUCGGAUCGGCCGAAGCCGGAAAACAGAGCUUCAUCAAGAACCAACUGCAGGCCCUCUUUCAGCCCACUGACAACAAACUUGCCAUGAAACUCUUCGGUUCCAAGAAGGCACUCAUGAAGGAACGGAUACGGCAGAAGGCCGCCGGACACUGGGUCAUUCAUCCAUGCUCCAGCUUUCGAUUUUACUGGGAUUUGUGUAUGCUUCUAUUGUUAGUGGCCAAUCUCAUAAUUCUACCGGUGGCUAUAAGUUUUUUUAACGAUGACUUGAGCACCCGCUGGAUUGCCUUUAACUGUCUGUCCGAUACAAUAUUUCUAAUCGAUAUUGUAGUCAAUUUUAGAACAGGGAUAAUGCAGCAAGACAACGCUGAACAGGUCAUUCUCGACCCCAAGUUGAUAGCGAAGCAUUACCUGAGGACGUGGUUUUUCCUCGACCUCAUUUCGUCCAUCCCCUUAGAUUAUAUUUUUCUUAUAUUUAAUCAAUUCCAGGAUUAUGGCGACAGUUUCCAGAUUCUCCACGCGGGCCGCGCCUUACGAAUCCUGCGGCUCGCGAAAUUGUUGUCACUAGUUCGAUUGCUGCGAUUAUCCCGUCUUGUAAGAUAUGUCAGUCAAUGGGAAGAAGUUUAUAUCUUGCAGAAUCUCCAAAAAAAGCGAACGGAACGAAGGGGGCGCCUCAGUUCGGACCUCAACAAGUCUAAUUACACCAAAAGCAAUCUCAUCUUUAAGUUUUUAAAUAUGGCGAGUGUUUUCAUGAGGAUAUUCAAUCUAAUAUGUAUGAUGCUGCUGAUCGGUCACUGGUCCGGCUGUCUCCAAUUCUUAGUACCCAUGCUCCAAGGAUUCCCGGCAAAUUCUUGGGUGGCAAUCAACGAAUUACAGGAGGCAUUCUGGCUGGAGCAAUAUUCGUGGGCCUUAUUUAAAGCCAUGUCGCAUAUGCUUUGCAUCGGUUACGGCCGGUUUCCACCCCAGUCGUUGACAGAUAUGUGGUUGACGAUGUUAUCCAUGAUAUCUGGAGCCACAUGUUAUGCCCUCUUCCUGGGUCACGCCACCAACCUCAUCCAAAGUUUGGAUUCCUCAAGGAGACAGUAUCGCGAGAAGCAAGUAGAAGAGUACAUGGCAUACCGGAAGUUGCCUCGGGAAAUGCGUCAACGGAUCACCGAAUACUUCGAGCACCGUUAUCAGGGCAAGUUCUUCGACGAGGAGUGCAUCCUGGGCGAACUAUCGGAGAAGCUCCGCGAGGACGUUAUAAACUACAAUUGUCGGUCGUUGGUGGCGUCAGUCCCAUUCUUUGCUAAUGCCGACUCGAAUUUCGUUUCUGAUGUCGUAACUAAGUUGAAAUAUGAAGUCUUCCAACCAGGCGAUAUUAUAAUAAAAGAGGGAACGAUCGGUUCCAAAAUGUACUUCAUACAAGAAGGUAUUGUCGAUAUUGUUAUGGCUAACGGCGAAGUAGCCACAAGCCUCAGUGAUGGCUCAUAUUUCGGCGAAAUUUGCUUGUUGACGAAUGCGAGACGUGUAGCCUCUGUGAGGGCAGAAACUUAUUGCAACUUAUUUUCGCUAUCUGUUGAUCAUUUUAAUGCUGUACUCGAUCAGUAUCCACUAAUGCGACGCACAAUGGAAUCUGUCGCCGCGGAGAGGUCAGUGCGUUGGUUGAACAAGAUUGGCAAGAACCCCAAUUUACUAGCGCACAGAGAAGAAGACUUGGGCAGCGAGAGCAAAACGAUAAACGCCGUGGUGAACGCCCUGGCGGCGGAGGCCGACCACGUGAACAUGUCCGACGAGUCGAUGGCGCGGCUGCACUCCAGCGAGCGCAGUCUGCAGGAGCUAGGUAGGACGCUGCAGCGGCUGACGCUGCCGCGGCCCAAGUCCGAGAACAACUUCGCGUCGCAGGACAUGCCCCUGGCGAGGGGCGAGCACAACGGCCGCCCUUCCUUCCACAAAUCCGACACAUUUCACAAGGAGUCGGCGUUCCAAUGACGCCACUCCACGCACUAGUGCUCGGGGUUACCAGGACAGCUGUGUCAGUUGCCGGUGCUGACGCUCGCCACGGCGGCACUGGCAAUUCGCACAGACCGUCACUGAACUGACGACGAACUUGGGGUGCUGGUGCGUGCCGCUUUGCUGUGUCUUGUAUUAAGCAAUACGUGCGACGGACGUUAUGCUAGAAUUGUGCAAUAUUAGUACUAUAUUAAGUUAGCUUUAAUUAUUAGGUGCUCAAUAAAUUUAAUUAUCCUAGAAUAACACCGCCCGGUUUUUGGCAGAACGCACCGGCGGCUGGCGAAUUCCCCCAAGUGGACACCACAAAACGUUACUUCAACACGCGGAGACUACCACAACCACAUCAGAUUUUUAUAGAUACAAUUCAUGCUCAAGUCAGAAUUUAAAAAUAUUUUAACCAAAUUCAGUCAAUUUUCAUAAAAAUAAAUUAACAAGAAUGGCUAAAACUAUUUUGGAUGCUGUUUAAGUCAUGAGAAGUAGCUUUUUUCCUUCACGCAGUUUCUAGCAGACGUAGAAAAUCACUUGAGUCAAUUUAUAACAAAAUACGUUCAGUAUUCAUUUUCGAUGAAUUUGCCAGCUGCAGAAGCGCUACCCGCCGAAACAAUAACAUUGAUUCUGAUAAAAUGCGGUUGCCGAAGAUGACAAGUCAAGAACCGCGGUCGUUCGGCACACAGAAAGUCACCUGUUUGCUAAAAGUAAAAUGCAUGAAGUAUCCUGCAGACUAGUAUAUUAGAAUACAUAGCGAGAUAGAACAAAGUGCAAGUUAGGCCUAAGAUGAAAACUCUUACUAAUCUAUGAGUUUGCAGGACCAUUUAUAUUUUAAAAUCGAUUGAAUAUAUGCCACAUGAACUUAAAAAAGGAAAUUACUGACCUUUACAAUUCAAGUCCAGUGCGCGGUUUUAACGGAAAGCGCUGAAAGAGUUACCUAAUGUGCUCAAAUUCUCUAUUUAUUUUUUAAUGACAAAUAAAAGCACCUUGCGUAUAUCUUUCAGGCUAUUUCUUCUUUUAGUUGAAUAAAACUAGUAAUUUAACAAUAGUUUUUUUUAUUAUUUAAAGACUGAUCAUGUUGUGCAAUCAUUUUAGAUACACAAAACGCGCCGUUUAACGCUGAAAUUUGGAAGGACUUUUUAUAAAUUUGGUACUUGUAACUGGCGAUAAAAAUGUUAUUUUUUAAGUCCUCUUUCACUUCCCCAAAAUGACCAAAACUAGUCAUAUCGUGUUACUGAAAAAACAAAAUCUCAAAUUUCAGUUUUAUGCGGUUUAGAAUGUAAUACUUUUGCAACGAUUUAGGUUUGCGUUUUAAAAAAGUGCAACAUGAGUCUGUAAAAUUAUUUAUUUAUUUGCGCGAUUAGAAAUGUUCGUGUGGAUAAUUCGACUUUGUAUAAUAUUAAUUAAAAAUGAUGUAAUGAAGGAGACUCUACACUGUUAGCUGUGAUCUACAAUAUGGAUGUCUUAUCAUUAAACAAAGGUCUAUUGAUUAAUUUAUAAUAUGAAAAAAAUACUCACGAUUAAUUUUUGGUCAAAACGAUUUGGUGUAAAUUUUAGUCAGCUAUUGUGUGCUUGCAAAAAGUUAAACUUGAACAAAAAUGUAUGGUACAAGAAUUCAAUUAACUUUCCAUCCCAAUUUUUAUGUAAAAAAAAAUCAAAAAUAUCAUCCACGAUUGUUUUGUUACCAUUUUAGCUAUCUAGAUUUGUCGCGUUAUAUAUUUUAUGGCCACAUGAAACUGUUUUCUUUGUAAAUUGAAUAAUGAUGUUUGUUUUAAUAUUGUACAGUGAUUUUUUAUUAAGUAGUUGACUGAACUAUUAAAUAAAACAUAUGUGUUAAUUUAGUUAUGUUGCAUCAGUGAAUUGAAUAGCUUAGAUAUGAUUAAUUUAUUUUUUAAUUAAGUGAGUUUUUAGUGAUAAAAGAAUGGAAUUAGCAGGGAGGAUGAUCUCAUCUUGUCUGAAUAGCAUAAAAUAGCAAUAGAAAAGUGUACAUUGACUUGCUUUUAUUUUCAUCUGUUCACGAUGCAACAUUCAUAGAGUACCUAUUUAUAAGUAGAAUGUAAAAGAAUAAUGAAUAUCAAUUAUAUCAUAUAAUUUAUGUUAAAAUAGGUUUCACAAAUUCUUGCCAUGAUGAAUCCUAGCCUAGACUGAAAUUAUAAAUAUUGCUUUGUUACAUAAUGAGAAGUAGAGUAUAUGAAAUGUUUUAGUUGUAAAGGACGUAGUUACACACACUUUAGGGUUUAAAACUGCAAUUCUGUAACGAAGUCUGUUAUAUUUUUACCGAAAGUGCUCAUGCUGUUAUCAAAUUAGGUGAAGUAACUUUGGGAAAUGCUUUUGACGAUGAGAGCGAUUUUAACAAAAUCAUUUCUUUUUCACAUAAAUUACAAUAAUUUGUUAAAAAUUUCCUUCACAGUCAUUCACCUUAGGAAUUUUUUUCAGAAUCAUGUAAAUAAAUGUAGAAAAGUGCCUAUUUUAAAUUGCGCAUCGCUACCCUCUUGGUCAACUAUUAGAGUAAUCUCAAAUUAUUUAAUGUUUUAACUGUUGUUAUAAUUUGGUUUAUAAUUGAAUAAAGCUGCAUUUUUACAGUUAA